UCUCUGCCUCUCUCUGAUUCCCUGUCUCUCUCUCUCUCUCUCUCCGAUACCCCCACCCCCUCGAUUGCAGGAAUCCCGGGAUGUUGGGAGGUGAAUGAACAGGGACAGACGCCGCCUGGGGGAGGGGGAAUCAGUCAUUUUUUGCAGGGGAACUUCCAGCGACCGCGGGCGCCGGUGGAACCAGCAGAAGUUUAUCGGUGGAAUGUUGUUGGGAUAUUUUAUUUUUCCUCCUCUUUCCUGAUUCGCACAUCGUGUGUGUCGGACGCCGCAGUGCUCACAAGGCGAAGGCUGGUCGGUACCGCGGGUUCGAGUCCCGUCUCUGCAUCCCCACCAUGACAUUACAAUGCUGCUUGGAUAAGGGAAGUAGCCCGAAUACACUCUCCAGCUUUCUCUCCAAAGAUUUGGGACUGUAAACCCUCAUUGUGCUGCGGUUUUUGUGCGUUCCUGAGAAGCUCCUUCGGUCUCUCCCUCUACUCUGCAAGCUAUCGUGAUGAACUAGGAUUAAAUAUUUGAAUCUAUAUAUAAAAGGAGUAAGAUAAGAUCUUCAAUUCAAAUCUUCAGAAUCCGCAGAGGAUGGAGAUAAUUUGGGAAUUAUUAUUUAUUCUCCAAGCUAAUUUUUUUGUCUGUAUUUCAGCUCAGCACAACUCUCACAAAGUCAACGAAGGAUGGUGGGCAUACAAGGAGGUGGUGCAGGGAAGCUUUGUCCCAGUUCCCUCAUUUUGGGGAUUGGUAAAUUCAGCCUGGAACCUGUGUUCAGUUGGGAAGAGGCAGUCACCAAUCAACAUUGAGACUAGCCACAUGAUCUUUGACCCCUUUCUCACGCCUCUCCGUAUUAAUACAGCAGGCAGGAAGGUGAGUGGGACGAUGUACAACACUGGACGACAUGUCUCCCUGCGAUUGGACAAGGAACAUUUGGUCAAUGUGUCUGGCGGGCCGAUGACCUACAGUUACCGCUUAGAAGAAAUCCGGUUACACUUUGGCAGUGAGGACAGUCAUGGAUCGGAGCAUCUAUUAAAUGGACAGGCCUUUUCGGGGGAGGUUCAGUUAAUACACUACAAUCACGAGCUCUACACAAACAUUACAGAAGCUUCAAAGAGCCCAAAUGGCCUGGUGGUGGUCUCCAUAUUUAUAAAAGUGUCUGACACUGCGAAUCCAUUCUUAAACCGCAUGCUGAACAGGGACACCAUCACCAGGAUUACUUAUAAAAACGACGCAUAUUUACUGCAGGGACUAAACAUUGAAGGGCUUUACCCCGAAACUCCCAGCUUCAUUACCUACGAGGGAUCGAUGACCACCCCACCCUGUCAUGAAACAGUGACGUGGAUUAUAAUGAAUAAGCCCAUCUACGUCACACGGAUGCAGGUGAAGAUUAUUGAUCUGAGCUUUUAA